CUCAUUUUCAAAUACGUCCUGAUCCUGAGUAUGCAAUCUGCCGCUAAGUCCUUCGCCCGCCACUUCAGCACCGCCCUGUCGCCCCGGGAUGUGGUGAUCGUGAGUUAUGCGCGUACUCCCAUCGCGACGUUCAACGGAGCGUUCGCCUCGCUCUCCGCGCCCGAACUUGGUGCGAUUGCCAACAAAGCUGCGAUUGAGCGCGCGGGUAUUUCGGUCAACGAAAUCCAAGAAGCGUACUUGGGUAACGUUGUCUCAGCCGCCAUCGGCCAAGCCCCUGCGCGCCAAUCCGUGCUCAAAGCAGGCAUCCCCGACACGGUGCCUUGCACGACCAUCAACAAGGUGUGCGCUUCCGGCAUGAAAUCCAUCGCGUUGGCGUCGCAAAGUAUCAUUGCCGGCAGCCAAGAUGUCAUGCUCGCCGGUGGGUUCGAAAGCAUGUCCAACAUCCCGUACUACUUGCCCAAGGCGCGUACGGGCUACCGCUUGGGAGACGGAAAGUUGGUCGAUGGUGUCAUCCACGACGGUCUCUGGGACCCGUACAACAACCAGCACAUGGGCUUGUGCGGUGAAAAGUGCGCCGAAGAGUAUAGCAUCACCCGCCAAGACCAAGACAAGUACGCGAUCGAAAGCUACACCCGCGCUGCCAACGCCGCCAAGGCGGGCAAAUUCGCCGCGGAAAUCACUCCCGUGUCCAUCGCGCAGCGCAAGGGCGACCCCAAGGUCAUCACCGAAGACGACGAGAUCCACAACGUCAACGUCAGCAAGAUCCCAUCCCUCCGCCCCGCCUUCAAGAAGGAUGGCACGGUCACCGCCGCCAACGCAUCCUCAUUGAAUGAUGGCGCCGCUGCCUUGGUGUUGAUGUCGGCGGAAAAAGCCCUGGCGUUGGGCCUGAAACCGUUGGCGCGCAUUCUCGGCUUUGGCGAUGCCGCGCAUGAACCCGUGGACUUCACGACCGCGCCAUCCAAGGCCGUGCCGAUCGCCGCCAAGCACGCCAAGCUAUCGCUCACGGAUAUUGACUACCACGAGAUUAACGAAGCGUUCUCGGUCGUGUCUCUGGUGAACAUGCAGCUGCUCAACUUGGACCACAGCCGCGUCAACGUGAACGGCGGCGCCGUCGCGCUCGGCCAUCCCAUCGGCAUGAGCGGCGCGCGCAUCGUCGGCACUCUUAUCCACGUGCUCGAACAAAACGACGCCACCAUCGGAUGCGCGUCCAUCUGCAACGGCGGCGGCGGCGCGGGCGCGUUGAUCCUCGAGCGAUUGUAAGCAAUGAACUCACUACUAAUACAAGGGUGGGUCGGUCGCA